AUGACAGCCCUGCUCCCGCCCUGCUCCAUCGUGUCAGUCUCUGCGCCCGACAUGAUGCACCAGGACCCAUCUGACUCGGUCCAUUACGCCGACAAGAGUCGCCGGACUAGCCGCAUAUUCCGCACUGUCCGCGCCUGGUACUUCUUCCCGCUGCACCUCAUCCUUGUCAUUGCUUUCGCCGUUAUUGCACUUGCCUACCUCAAUGGCCAAACAUUUCCCUCGUCCUCAGACGCCCCUUUCGGAACAACCAUCGUCCACAUCUUCAAGGGCGAACUUCGUCAGGCCGAUGUCACUACACUGAUUUCAGCCGCCCUGGUUCUUGUGCGCCUGACCCUCAAUGUCUGCUCAAGCAUCGCCGCCCAGCGCUCCAUUUUCAUCCUCCUGGAAAAGUGUGGCAUCACCUUACAGGAGAUCGAACGUAUUUUCUCCUUCGAGCAAGGCCCAGUGGGCCUCAAUGGCUUCAAACUCGGCACUAUCGUCCUACUCCUCCUUCUCAUCCCCGCCCAGCUGAGUGCUCCACUUGCCCAGGGAGCCGUGUCUUGGGUACCGGAGCUGAGACUGAGACAUGCCGACUACAACGUCACCCUAAACGUAGCCGGGCCAACUCUCGCCUUCACUGAGUUCCAGGAGCACAUCGAGCCGCGAGACUUUUCCAUCAAAAGAGCCUCCGGCCUUGCCGUCAUCCACCGCCAUGGCCCGGACUUUUACACGGUCGAGAACUCAACCAAGAAAGUGCCGAGCAGACGUUGGGCCCCAGCCUUCAGAGAGCACGAGCUUUCGAACCACACCAAGGGCUACCAAGCCCUCCUCACAAACACCACCAUCGGCAACACCACCCUUCCCAUGUUCCACAUGAGCAACCUGACAUGGAUCGACUACGACCCCAGCUUCGAGCAGUUUCUGGAUGAGCACAACGGCCUCUUCAACGUCACCGGCCCCAUGAACCCCAUCCGCGCCUCUCUCCCGGGCAAUGCCAUCAUCCUCCGCAACCGAACCAUGGACUCCUGGCUCUCCGCCUGGCCCAACGCCACGCGCCUCAACAACACCACCUUCAAGAUCGCCGUCCUGACCGAAAAUCUAGGCGAAAACGCCACCGCCACCUGCAGCGGCCGCAAAAGCAGCAGCAUCUUCGGCGCCCUGCCCCAAACCAAACCCUACAGCGCCAAGGGCCCGACCAACUACACCAACUGCUACCUCUUCGCCGAAACCACCAUCUCAGCCGGCACGACGCAAUGCCACGACUGCUCCAUCAUCUCCCCGGGCGUCGUCGAGCGUCCCGGCAACGCCACCGCGUCCUUUGACCUCUCCCCGGACCCCCUCCUCCCCAUCAUAAUGGGCAUGCUCCCCGAAACCAUGCUCAGCAUCGUCACCGGCAACGCCACCUACGCCCCCACCUGGUCCAACCUCGACGGCUUCGUCGCCGGCGCCUUCGCCGCCGCCUACCAGGCGUCCUGGAACGACCUGACCGACCGCCUCGCCCAGCCCCAGCAACAAACCUCGACGAACAUCAGCUUGCCGUCUUACCCCCUCCGCGCCGACAUCGACCCCACCCGCGUCCGCACCUGGCUCGCCUUCCACCUCCUCGUCGUCGUGUCGGGCGUGUUGUUAGCGGUCAUGCAGGCCCGCUGCAGCUUGCCGCCCGUCGUCGACUUCGCGGCCGCGUGCCUGCUGACCGACCCGUCGGCCGUGGUCCGCGCGGCGGAUGCGGCGGACGUGCGGACGGCGGCGCGCGUCGACGGGAAGAGCAGCGGUCGUGUGGGCAAGCUGGUCAUGCGGGAGGAGGGGGGCGGGACGCUGCGAUUCAGGGUGCUGAAGCGGAAGAGGGAUGAUGUAUUUGGUAGUGGUGGGUGGAGUGAAGAUGGGUUUGGCGGCGGUGGCGGAUGGGCGGGCGGUGGGGAUAUACGCGGGCGGAGGGCGGCGCGCAAGAGGGAGUCGUGGAGCGACUUGUCGCUGCUGUCGUCGCGGUCGAAUACCAUUUACGAGCAGGUGCUGCCUGGCGAGGAGAGGAGCGGGAGCAUAAGCGGCGGUCAGCCGUUGUUGUUCACGCCGCAUACUGGGUCCAGUUGGCAGUCUUCGCCGGGGUAUGUGCCGCCGCGGUAG